AGGAGAGGAAAAUAUCGGUCUCGAGAGCAUCGUGGUUCUCACUGGACCGGAGUGUCAUGCUCUUAGUCAGUCAGAGGAUCCAAUGAAAAUGUCCGUCUGCACGCACGAGAACCGCAAAUCCUGCCUCAGCUCAGCGUCCAUGAACAUCUUCCUGUUUCACAAGUCAUCGUACGCGGACAGCGUCCUUACGCACCUCAACGCGCUCCGGCAGCAGCAGCUCUUCACCGAUGUCCUCCUCCACGCUGGGAGACGCUCCUUCCCCUGCCACCGUGCUGUGCUGGCUGCAUGCAGUCGCUACUUCCAGGCCAUGUUCAGCGGAGGUCUCCGGGAGAGCCAGGCCAGCGAGGUGGACUUCAGGGACUCCAUCCACCCAGAGGUCCUGGAGCUCUUACUAGACUAUGCCUACACCUCCCGGGUGGUGAUCAACGAGGAGAAUGCAGAGUCCCUCCUGGAGGCCGGAGACAUGCUGGAGUUCCAGGACAUCCGGGACGCCUGCGCUGAGUUUCUGGAGCGGAACUUGGCUACGUUCAAUUGCCUGGGCAUGCUGCUGCUGUCCGACGCCCACCAGUGCACCAAGCUGUCCGAGCUCUCCUGGGGCAUGUGCCUCAGCAACUUCCCCACCAUCUGCAAGACAGAGGACUUCCUUCAGCUGCCCAAGGACAUGGUGGUGACGCUGCUGUCCCAUGAAGAGUUAGAGACGGAGGACGAGAGGCUGGUCUACGAGGCCGCCCUCAACUGGGUCAACUAUGACCUGGAGAGGAGGCACUGCCACCUCCCCGACGUGCUGAGGACGGUCCGCCUGGCCCUCCUCCCCACCAUCUUCCUCAUGGAGAACGUGUCCACAGAGGAGCUAAUCAAUGCCCAGACGAAGAGCAAGGAGCUGGUGGAUGAGGCCAUACGCUAUAAACUCAGGAUCCUCCAGAACGAUGGUGUGGUCAACAGCCCCCUGGCCAGGCCCAGGAAGACCAGCCACGCCCUGUUCCUCUUGGGAGGACAGACCUUCAUGUGUGACAAGCUGUACCUGGUAGACCAGAAGGCCAAGGAGAUCAUACCCAAGGCCGACAUCCCCAGCCCCAGGAAGGAGUUCAGCGCUUGCGCUAUCAGCUGUAAGGUCUACGUGACCGGCGGGAGGGGCUCAGAGAACGGUGUGUCCAAAGACGUGUGGGUCUACGACACGUCCCGCGAGGAAUGGUCCAAGGCGGCGCCUAUGAUCAUCGCCCGCUUCGGCCACGGAUCGGCCGAGCUCAAAAACUGCCUCUAUGUGGUUGGAGGACACACAGCGGGUACAGGCUGUCUCCCCGCCUCGCCCUCUGGGUCACUCAAACAGGUCGAGAAGUACGACCCGGUUGCCAACAAGUGGUGCAUGGUGGCGCCGCUGAGGGAGGGCGUGAGCAACGCGGCGGUGGUCAGUGUCAAACUCAAACUCUUCGCCUUUGGAGGAACCAGCGUCACCCACGACAAAUUACCCAAGGUGCAGCUCUACGACCCGCAGGAGAAUAGGUGGUCUGUCCCCGCCUCCUGCCCACAGCCCUGGCGAUACACGGCCGCCGCCGUCCUCAACAACCAGAUCUUUGUGAUGGGCGGCGACACAGAGUUCUCGGCGUGCUCUGCCUAUAAGUUCAACAGCGACAGUUACCAAUGGACUAAAGUAGCAGAUGUGACAGCCAAGAGGAUGAGCUGCCAGGCAGUGGCAUCAGGUAACAAACUGUAUGUGGUGGGAGGCUACUUUGGCACUCAGCGGUGUAAGACUCUGGACUGUUACGAUCCAACACUGGACGCGUGGAACAGCAUCACUACCGUACCCUACUCACUCAUCCCCACAGCAUUCGUCUCCACCUGGAAACACCUCCCAGACUGAGGACUGGACUCGGACUCAACGUCGAGCAUCGGCCUCACGGCCUCGUCGCUAUACUGGAUUAUCUAUUCGAUUAAAGACUGUGAAGGUGCCAGAUAUUCAACGUGGGGAUGGCAAGAAAGCUUUACCGUUUAACAUGAAGGACUGCAGGAAGGUGGACUAUCUUAUUGGAGUAAAGAAACCCGUGGGGUUUACAUGAAGGAUAAAUAUAAUACAUCUCUACUUUAUAUUCCUUCAUUUGUAUAUCCUUAUUUGACUUUAAAGACUAUUCAAUAACUCAAUCAUUCCUAAUACGUUGUGGGCCGAGUGUAUUUGGAGCAAUCAAGCCACUAAGACAGUGUUUACACAGGCAGCCUAAUUCUGGUCUUUUGUGCAAUUAUUGUCAAAAGAGCUGAUCUGAUUUGGUCAAAAUACCAAUUAAUGGAAAGAGAAUAAGAAUUGGGCUGACUGUAAAUGCAGCCGAUGUCACGUGGAUUCUCACAAGUGAGGUAGGUAAGACUAGGUGAAAAAUCUGUCGACGUGCCCUUGAGCAAGGCACUUAAACCUGAUUGCUCCUGUAAGUCUCUCUGGAUAAGGGCGUCUGCUACAAUGUAAGUGAAUUCCACUUGUUUUUGGACUUCAAAAUAACCCAUAAGGACUCGUGGUUAAAGACAAGCCAAAAAAUGCACAUGUGGCAGUGGAGAGAUCAGAAAUUGACUGUGUUGUUACUGACAUGCAACUGUGGGACAAGAGCAGUAAAGAGGAGGAAAGUAGAACCAGAGAAGAACCUCACAAUCUCUGGCAGGUCAUGUAGGAAACAUGUACUGAAAAUGUUCUUUCUGGGUCAUUAAAUAAGGUAAGGGUUAUUUACGCAGGGACUAAUUCUAUUGUUUGAAUCGGAUGCUUAUUUAACUUUUUUUAUUUUUUUGUGUUCUGUAACAAAAUUAUGUCACUUUGUUGCCUUUUUCUACGGUAUUUUUUUUUGUGUGUGAUUUUACUGCUUUGAGAUUGAAUAAUUGUUUGCACAUGUAUGCCUCUGAUCUGGGAGUAUCCCCAUUCCUUGUAGACAUGGUAGAAGAGGCGCUUCCUCUGCUUUUAAUUUAACUGGAGGCUUGCCAAAUAAAAUGGAGACCCUGAAGAGAUAUUGUAGGUUUAGCUAAGCAACAAAUGGAACCCUAUUCCCUAUAUAGUGCACUACUAUAGACCAGAGCUCUAUGUCAAAAAUGGUGCACUAUAUAGGGAAUAGGGAUCUGGUCUAUAGUAGUGCACUAUAUAGGGAAUAGGGCUCUGGUAUAAAGUAGUGCACUAUUUAGGGCAUAGGGUUCCAUUUCAGACGCUGCCAUAGUCUUCAGUGUGCAGGUUGCUCUCCAGUUCAGUGGUUGGCUCACUGUCUCUAGAACAUAAAGGCUAUGAGAUGUUUUAAGACAACACCAUAAUAAAGACACGUCUUGUUAUUAAAGUGCACAAAAAGAAAAAGAAAAACUCACUGAUGUCCUGCUGUACCCAUAGCAACGUAAUCAUUCUAAAGGCUGAGUGUUAAAAGUAUUAGGAAUACGAUGUGCCAAACAAAUUGUGACCAAGGGAGAAUGGUUCAGCCUGAGUACUGCACAGGGCAUCUUUAACUGGGGAGCCUAAUGCUUCGGUCUGUUUCACUGUCUCUGUGUUGCAGUGUGUUUCAGCUUGGUAUUUCUGGGAUCACACCACUCUCCAACACGUUCCUACUACAGGCUAGGUUCAUGUUGAUAUUCAGUUGACAUGGCUUAAUAUUGAAAUCCAUGAGCCUGAAUCUAGAUUCUAACAGUCUGCAUCUUGUCAAAAAGUUUUUAGACCCUAACCAAUAACCCAGUCACCCACUAACCCAGUUAGGUACCCUACCCACUAACCCAGUUAGUUACCCUACCCACUAACCCAGUUAGUUACCCUACCCAAUAACCCAGUUAGUUACCCUACCCAAUAACCCAGUUAGUUACCCUACCCAAUAACCCAGUCACCCACUAACCCAGUUAGGUACCCUACCCACUAACCCAGUCACCCUACCCAAUAACCCAGUCACCCUACCCAAUAACCCAGUUACCCUACCCAAUAACCCAGUUAGUUACCCUACCCACUAACCCAGUUAGUUACCCUACCCAAUAACCCAGUUAGUUACCCUACCCAAUAACCCAGUUAGUUACCCUACCCAAUAACCCAGUUAGUUACCCUACCCAAUAACCCAGUUACCCUACCCAAUAACCCAGUCACCCUACCCAAUAACCCAGUCACCCUACCCAAUAACCCAGUUACCCUACCCAAUAACCCAGUUAGUUACCCUACCCACUAACCCAGUUAGUUACCCUACCCAAUAACCCAGUUAGUUACCCUACCCAAUAACCCAGUUAGUUACCCUACCCAAUAACCCAGUCACCCUACCCAAUAACCCAGUUACCCUACCCAAUAACCCAGUCACCCUACCCAAUAACCUAGUUAGUUACCCUACCCAAUAACCCAGUUAGUUACCCUACCCAAUAACCCAGUUACCCUACCCAAUAACCCAGUCACC